GCUCUAAGAGAAAUAGUUAGAUGUUUUGACAAGCUGCUAUUAUGUAUAACUUCACGUCAAUCUACUCUAUACUAAAAGUAACAAAUAGAGUGUUUUUAGCCUGUCCACGUCGACAUAUUUAUUCCACCAAUCAGGACAUUUGCUUCGUCCACGUAGGAUUUCGGUUCUUCUUUUUUUUUGGGUUUUUGGGCCGCGACUAAACCAAAACGACAUCAAACGCUAUGGAUCUCAUAAGGGAUUGUGUGGGCUUGGUGGCUUGGUUUGGUUUAUUGGGCUUUCUCUCUGUUUAUUAAAAAAAAACCUCACCCACGCGAGGCGGAAACCUCGAAGCUCCGCGCCUCCAUCUCUUCCUCUUCACCCUUUCUUCUUCAUCGUUACAGAGAUUUCGAUCCACUACUCUACAUUCAAUACCCCACGACAUCUCCAGCCAUCAAUUUAUCCUUUAUGACUUCGUUUCGGUUUGCUUUUUUCCCGGUCCUUUAUAUACUGUUCAUCUCUUUUGCGUGGAAACCAAAUCUCGAACUUCUCUCCUUACUCUAUGGCGAUCAAACCGAAUGGAAAAUCCCCUGUUACCUCCGAUCACGAUGACAGAAUCAUGCUUUUCCGCGAUGUCACAACGGGUCCCCACGAAACCCAGCUGCGUUUCCGGUUGAUUCAUUUCUGGGAGGCUUGGAACCCUUUGAAGAAGACGCUUAUUGGGAUUGAGAUGCUGUUAAUUGACGAGGAGGUAUUUGUUUUCAGCCAAUAUAGUUUAGACGCUUAUUUGUUAUUUAAAACGUUCUUUGGGUUUUUUUUGGCUCCUGAUUUUAUAUCGAUACGUUUCUUCGUUUUACCAUAUUCGAUAGUUAUUGAAUUUGUUUUUAGAUCCUCAUUAGUAUAGAGUAGAUUUUUACACUGUCCUUAGUUUUUACAGAACAAAAAAACUAUUAAUUUGUACUGUAUUUUCUCGCAGGGAUCUGUUAUCCAAGGAUUCAUUUCGCCAAGCCGUAUUGAGAGACAUUUGUCUAAAAUGAAGCCUGGAUCGCUUUACAAGCUCAACAAUUUUUAUGGAUCAAGCAACAAAACCAUGUAUCGGGUUUCUGAUCAUGCGGUGACGGUGUCGUUCUCAUGGAACUCGGAGCUCUCUGUUCUUGAAGACAGUCCCACUCCUUUUGAUGAAGACAGAUUCCGUUUUCAUUCCUUUGAGGAAUUUCAAGCUGGCUGUGAUAGCAAAGGAGACCUCUACGGUAAUCUCUGUUAUCCCACACACCAUCUAUGAGUUGCAAUGCUUGAUGAUUAAUCUAGAUUUUUGCUUACAGUGCUAUGCGUGUUUGGUUUUGUUUGAUUAUGAGAAGUAGAUUACUUAGUGCGCCCUACUCUUACUUUCGCGGUUGAUCGGCCAAUUACAAAUAAGAUUACAAAUAAGGUUUACUAAUUUCGUUUGUACCCUGAGGAGGAUUUUUAUUACUACACUUAGUGUUUGUUUUUUUUUUUUUAAAAUUGGAGGAUAUUUUGGUUAGGAUCUGUUAGCUGGUUGAGUUCUAUGUCUGGUUAUUUUCUAUGAAAUUGUUGAAAUGCUUUUCCAUAUUUAGUCUUCUUAUUUACACGCUUAAUGAUUAAUGGUAUAGAUGUUCUUGGGCACAUGAAGCUGGUUAAUGGUCAGUGUCUCACGGGGACCCCAGUUUUUGAUGAAGUGGAAAUAGCUAGGGCGAGGCAUGUGUUGGUUCAUGUGCAGUCAUACGAGUAGGUGUAUUAUUAUUUCUUAAACACUUUGUCUGUCUACUUAUAUUAACCAUUUAGUGACAAUAUUUUGCAGUGGACCUGUGGUGAAGCUCUACCUUUGGGACCAGGCUGCAAGAGACUUCUGCAAAAAAUUCAAGUCAUACGAACGCACCCCCACCGUGUUAUUGGUGACAACCGUUAACACCAAGAGUCUCGGAGGUUCUGUUUCUAACUUUAGAAAAUUUUCUUACAAUUAGUUAUCUACUCUUGCUGGUCUUUGAAUGGGUGUUGCUUAAUACAACAGGUACUCUUGCACUGACUACAAUGUCCUCCUCACGUGUCUUUAUGGACUGCGACGUCCAACCUACGGUCGACUACUCUAGCUGGUAAAUCUAUAUAUAUUUACAUUUUUAUAUUUAAUCUUUAGCUAACUCAUCCCAUAUCAAUGAAUGAAUGGAUCAAAAUGUUACUACUCUGUCUCAGGUUGGGCUCUAACCCACAGAGUGCUGAGUUGGUUAAUGCAGAAGUGGUUACUAAAAGGGAGACACUGACCAUAGGAGAAAUAUUCUCCUACAUCAGGGAUGGAUCUAAUAAGGAGGCUUUUUUUGAGUGCACGGCUACGAUUGAUGAUGUGGUCCAUGGUUCAACCUGGUAUUACAUAUCCUGCAGUGGUUGCCAUACUAAGGCUACGAAAGGCCCAACUUCUUUGAUGUGUUCAAAAUGUGGGAAAGUCAACAUAUCAGGAGUACCACAGUACCGUGCACAGAUAUCUGUCUAUGACAACAGUGAGCAAGCUGUUUUUGUUCUGCUUGGUGAUGCUGGUUUUGAGUUAACCGGGAAGCAUGCAGCCGAGUUAGUCAGCAGCUAUUUUGAGGCUAAUGGAGACCAAGGAGUUACUCAAGAGGUGCCUUUCCCGGAAGCUUUAAUUAGCACUAUCGGUCAGAAACAUAACUUUUGUGUAAAAGUUACACAGCACAACUUAGAUGGCAAGUCUCGAUCUUUGACUGUGACCAAGAUUCUCCCUAUGGAAUCUCCACCAGUCACAGAAGCUUCGGGAGGAAACUACAACCCGACAACCUUGGAGGACGGAUUUGAGACUGGAACAAAGGUGUGUGAAGCUUCCAAAGUCAGUGGGGAUUCGGCAGAAGGAAGUAAGAGCAAUGGUGACAUUGAUGAGAUGGGCAAAGCAAAACGCCUUAAGCGUGGGGUGUAG